AUGUCAGAGGAGGAGGCUAUAAAUGACAUCGUCAGUGGCGACAGCCCAAAGCAUAAUGCAGUGCCCGACCAUAACGAGACGGCAGCUACUCCACAGAUAAACCCCGAUGAGGAGUCCACAUCCGGAUCACUGCAACAUUUAGGAAAUGGCAGGAACGGCAGCAGCUCCAGUUCUGUUACUUGCGGAGAGGACGAGAAUCCGGCCGACUAUUGCAUGGGUGGCUACCAUCCAUUGCACUUGGGCGACAUCCUGAACCACCGCUAUGUGGUGCUGAAGAAACUCGGCUGGGGUCACUUCUCCAUCGUGUGGCUCUGCUUCGAUAUGACAUCCAGGGUCUACUGUGCCGUAAAGGUGUGCAAGUCGGCGGAAAAAUUUGCGGCGACGGCACUCGACGAGGUAUCGCUGCUGAAGCGGGUGGCCAAGUACGAGUCGCAUGCGCUGCGCAGCCGCCUGGUCUCGCUCACUGACAACUUCUUUGUGAUCGGACCCAACGGGACGCACCACUGUCUGGUGUUCGAGAUACUCGGACAGAAUCUGCUCUGCCUGAUCCAGCGCUCCAACUACCAGGGCAUACCCAGCUACAAUGUACGUCAGAUUGCGCGCCAGGUGCUGGAGGGCCUGGCCUAUCUGCACACCCAGUGCCACAUCAUUCACACGGACCUCAAGCCCGAGAAUGUCAUGCUCGAGCCGAACGAACUCAAUGUGCGCAGCAAGGCCGCUGAGGCGGCCAACACCUAUUUGGAGGCGCAUGCCAAGUUGUCGCCGACCCGCAAGCUCCACGGCUGUGCCAGUCCGAGUGGCGACGCCGUGGAGUCCGACCAGGAGAAGAAGCUAACAAAAACGGCCAAGAAGCGGCGACGUGGACAAAUCAAGCGCAUUGUCAGCUUCUUCGAGUCUCAUCGCCGCUGGCUACGUCAGCGUGCCGUCGAGGAUCUGCUGCAACUCGCCAGUCGCAGUCUCCUCAGCCCAUCCACCGCUGGCCUGGGUGUGACCGAGCAGCUGCCCUUCAUGCCGUUCACCUUUGACGGGCUGACCAUCCUCACAGAGUACGACAUUUUCCAUCUGGAGCGCUUCAAAAAUCUAGAGCAAAUAACAAACCCUCCCGCCUAUGCCAUGAAGUGCUUCCUGCUCGAGUGCGAAUCCUUCGACAAUAAUCAACCAAUCGACACUAAGUCGUUGAAGAAACGCUCGAGCAGCGACAUCAUGUUGCCAAGUGACGAAAUUGCUGCCAUGAAGAGUAGUCUGGCCAGAGGAUCCGAAAUGCUGAAGUUACUCCACAGCAGCCCGGAGAACUUCAUGCGCGCUGUCCAGGAGAAGGUGCAGGAGUGCGAUCGGGCGGCUGAAGCUGCCCAGCCAAAGGUGUGGCCCAAAAUAAAUCGCAAGUGGAAGAUUGGAGAUGCUCGAAAGAAAGUCAUUGGGGAAAGUCCAACUGUGAAUUUGCCCGACCGUAAUAUAGUCUUGCGCCCUGAUCCGGCGCUAUUUCCGUGUGAGUUGAACACGAAACUCGCGGACAUGGGCAAUGCCUGCCGGUUCGAUAAACACUACACGGACAACAUACAGACCCGGGAGUACCGGGCAGUGGAAGUCAUCCUUAGGGCUGGCUACAACGAAUCGGCCGACAUCUGGAGCGCCGCCUGCAUGUUCUGGGAGCUGGCGACCGGCGAUUACCUGUUUGAGCUAGGCAAGAAGACUGGCACGAUCAGCUGCGAUGAUAUGCACAUCGCCAGCAUCAUUGAGACGUGCGGUCCCAUUCCCCAGUAUCUCAUUUACGAUGGCGAGAACGCGCAGAAAAUUUUCAAGCCGAAUGGGGAGCUGAUCCACAUAAAGGAGCUGAAUAAGCGCAACCUGGUCUCCGUCCUCAUCGAAACUUACAACUGGAGCGAGAGCGAGGCCUUUGAGUUUGUGGCAUUCUUGAAGCCCAUGCUGGACCCUGACCCACGUAGUCGCGUUUCGGCCACCUCGGCAUUGACCAGCAACUGGCUGGUCCUUAACUAUUGUUAA